AAAUUUGAAACAAUAACAUAAUUGAAACUUAACAAUUUCUAUGAGAACAUGAAUUUCACAAUUGCAAAUGCAACGUAUUCAGUCGUUGAAAUUUCUUUUUACCAUUUUUCAAUCAAACAAUGAUUGGAUCGACAUAAAAAGUUAUAUAUUCGUAACCAGCUUAUCAAGCUCUCUCAAAUCAUAUACAAAAUAACAAACAAAAAAAUGCACUUCGUAUAUAGUAUAAUUAAAAAUUAAACUAAGCACAAAAUUGAACAAAUCGUUCCGUUUCAUUAAUUAGUAAUCGGAUGAUUUUCUGUUUUAUAUGCAAGCAUGCAAGUCAAUACUCAUCAAAUGAUUUUUAUUUUUCUGCUCUUGUAACGCAUUUUUACAUAAAACAACAAAUAAUUUCGUAUAUCCAUACAUACAGAGGGUGUGGUUAUUCUUUUUAUCAACGCCAACAUCCACACUUCGCGUCACAAACUUUGAUAAACAUUUCGAUAUGUCAGUUCUCUAAACGCUCAUAACCUAUGAUCAACGUUGCAAAGGCUCUCAUUUACGAUUGAAGUGUCGUGAUCGUGUUUUCAAUGGGAUACAUCGUUUCAUGUUUGUGUCAAAUAUAUAAUAUUGUUCAUCAAACCUCAUAAUCGCAUUUCAAUGUCAUAAAAAGAAAAUUUAUGCAAAAUAAUACAUUCUAAGUUCAACUGCUAUUGUAUUCUAUCUAUCACUUAGAGAGAAAAGAAAAUGAUUAUAAAAGAGUUUCAUUCUCAAAAAUUAUGAUGAAGAAAAAACUGUUGUUAAAUUAAUACAAUAACAAAUUAUAGUAAUGACAACACAAUAUGGUUGUGAAUGAUGUCUAAUUAUUAGUUUAGUGAUUAUAUGAGACGUUUAUUUUCUAAUAGAAGAGAUCUUUAUUGUUGAUUUGUGUAAUUUCUAUUUUUCUUUGUUUUCAGAGGAUGAAGAAAACAUUUCUAAGUACUUUUUAAAAAGGUAAAUACUCUAUUUAUUUCUUCAUUCUUUUUUUCUUUUACAUUAAAAUUCCAUUCAUUUUUAUUGCUAAAGAUAGAUGCUUUUUAGGCAUUAUUUAUUAGGAGAACGAAUAGAUAAAUAGAGCAGAAAAAAGACUAAUGAAUAAUUUUCAUUUAUUAAAAUGAAUCUAAUCUAAAAAUAACUAUAGCAAAUUCAUCUUAUAAGGUUUGAAUUUCGUUGGAUUUGAAAGAUAACAUUUCUAAUAAGAUAACGCAUUGCUUUGUAUUUUGUUUUAUCAACAUUAACGAAAUGAUUAUUACAUAUCUACGUCUAAUACGAUAUGUUAAUCAGAGCAAAAAAUAAUUUACAGAUGGAUGUUUGCGAAAAAUAAUUACUUGUAAACUUUGAUUCGAUUAUAAAAAGAAAAUAAAGUUUACUGAUCAACUCAUUAUGAUAAAUACGAACGAUUUAUCAUCAAAAAUCAAACAUCUGAUAUAUAGAACAAUGAAGAAAAAAAAACUCAAAAUCCUGAUUAUUUUUUUAAUUAUUGAAAAUGAAAACUAUUUAUCAUUUUGAUCUUAAAACACAUGUGAACAGAUAUUUGUAACAAUUUCUGCAAUGACGACGUUCAAAUGGAUGUAAAACAUAUCUUUACAUAUAUUUUAUGUGUCUAAUAGAAGUUGUAUGAAUAAUUUAAUAACUCUUCACAAUACAUGAAAACACAAUUGUUUUGUCGAUAUUUUUAUUCUUCUUCCGAAUAUUUGCCAAACAUCGUUCUUUUGAUACUCAGCCGUCAAGUGCAUACUAUUACGUUCAUAAGAGAUCAACAGUAGCAGCAAACGUAUGACAUAUUUUCUUAUUUUUUUUUGCACAAGGAAUCACAUACCUGCCGUAGAAUGAAGUGUACUUCAAUAAUUAUUGUUUUCUUCAUUGUAAAUAAUAUUAUCAGUGCAGUACGUGUAGGAAUCAUUCACAAUAUUGCACUGAUGAUGAUGCCUCCAUCCAACACAACAAUGUAUGAAUCGACAUGCAACGAGUGUUUGCGUGUUAUGCUGACAACUACGGGAAAUUCGUCAAUUUUCUCACUAAAUUGCAAUAUUAAGAAUGCCGAUUUUGUUAUUUGUCAGUUGUUUACAAUAAUAAACUAUGUAGGUACCUGUAUCUAUCAACUAGACGCCAACAUUAACAGUACAUUCUAUUUUCUACAACUGCCAAUAAACAAUCAGUCGGAAAUAACGACUUGUAAAAAGUAAAACAACUUUCGUAGGUAAAGUUUUCUGUUUCAUUGUCACUUCCAAUAAGUUCAGUUUUGACAGAAUCUUAUUUUAUUGGCAAAGUGCGCUUAAAUAAUAAUUAGUAAGAUACAAAAAAGACUGAUGCCAAAAGAAUCAAAACAUAUCUGUCGAAUCAAAUUGUUUUCAUUAAUGUAGUUGUCAUGAACCAAACUACUUGGUUUUAACUGGUUAAUAUUAAAAAAAUUAGAAGCAUUGUAGAAACCAAAGCUACUGAAAAUGUCAUACUUUUCUCUACUGUCAACGUCACACUAAUUGACUAAUAAGCGCUGUAUUUAUUUUUACAUCAAAUGUGCAUUGUCAUCUAAUUAUGUUAAUAUUAAACAAGCAAAUAGUCAUACUUAAUUUUGAAGAAUUAGUUGAAAAUUUAUGCUUAGAAUUAGUAUGUCAUGUAAGACAAAGUAUACAAUUUAUGAAAACUAGGUAGAAUCUUUUCAGACUAUUAUCAUCUUUCUUUUGUGGUCAAAUUAUAAGUAUGUUUAACCAUUCUAUCUCCUUGUAUUAUUUUAUAGUAUGAUGCUAUAAUCAUUUUUUCUCCUUUUCUUCUAUUGAUGUGCAUGAAUGACAUUUAUGCCAUAUUUUCUUCUGUGGUCUUAUUCUUUCUAAUAGUGCUUGAUGGUGUCUCGAAGUUUUGACUCGUCUAUAUUUUAAUUUAAGCAGAAUAAUCGUAUAAAUAGUAGAGAUAAUGAUCUUGUGUCGAAAAAUGGCAGCAUCAGUAGGCUUUUUCCUUCUGUAUAGAGACAAAGAAAAUCGACAGCAUUGUCCAUACUCUAAUUUUUACUCACUAGUAGAGUCAGAAUGUUGGGCUAGAGGGAGUUCAAACUUUUUCGCUACGAACCUGUGAGCCUCCAUGGCAAGGUUUUCGAAAAAAAAUACGCCUUUCAGAAAUUUCUGUAAGGGAUUCAAACAUUUGCAAGAGAGGAUGAGCAUCUCUUGCUCUUCCUAGCUCCGUCGCUGUUUUUACUUCGAGAUAGUUUCAUAUAGUUUACUUUGUUGUCGAUUGCAAUUAGGUAGUACUGAUCAAAUUCGUUCAACAUCAACAACAACUCCUGUACGAUCGAUCGCAGCAAUCACUCGACCAGGAGACACUAUUGUCGAAGUAUACAACACAACGGCUGGUGCGUCUACGGGAGGUAAGAAUGGCAGAUACUCGGUAACCAUCGAACAACCUGAUCAAGCCAUUGAUAACUCCACCUCCACAGAAUACUUCAAUUUUGGAGGUACUGGUGACUAUAACUUAGUGGCUCCUGCACCUGGAGUAGACACUGGUUUCUAUGUUACACCUGCCAUUACCUAUGCUUCGAUUGCCAUAAGUCUUCUCUUUGCAACUACAAACGAUUCUUCUAACAGUGAUCCAAUCACAGUGGCUCUCGAAGAAUCGAAUGUUGAUACACUCGAUAAUGGAUUAAGUUGGACACUCAUUUAUAAUGGUUCGACUGGCAUUAGUUUCAUAGUGAAUCCAGAUCGAAUGGUAUAUGUUGCUAAACAAAACUUUUCGAACACAAUCUCGAGUUAG